CGAUCGCAAAGGGAGUGGCUGUGAACCAAGAGGCUACAGGAGCAGAAGGGCAUUUGAGUAUAUUGUGGGCUCAGAGGCAUCAUGGCAGGAGAAUUCACCGGGAAAGAAGUUUACGAAAAAAAAUUCUGCCCUAAAAAUUAUUUAAACAUGUAUCUAUCUUUUGAAUCUGGUGACUCUCUGAACUGCAGAACUGUAUUCGCUAUUAUUCUGGACAAGCUCCACAAGGCAUUCGCUAAAGGUGGCAUCCGAGGAGACACCUUGAUCGAUAUUGGCAGCGGCCCGUCCAUCCACCAGCUCCUUUCCGCCUGUGAGUCCUUCAAAGAGAUCAUCGUCAGUGAUUUCCUUGAGCAGAACCAAGAGGAGAUGAAGAAGUGGCUGAAAAAAGAUCCGGAAACUUUCGACUGGGCCCCGGUGUUGAAAUAUGUUUGCCAGCUGGAGGGAGACAGGGAGAAGUGGAUGGAAAAAGAGGAGAAGCUCAGGAAGGCCAUCAAACAAGUUCUGAAAUGUGACGUGACUUUGGCCAACCCUUUUGACCCGGUGGAGAUCCAUCCGGCUGACAGUGUCCUCUCCACUUACUGCAUAGAAGCAGCUUGUAAAGAUCUCGACACUUACCAUUUGGCCAUGAAGAAUGUGGGCUCUUUGGUCAAACCUGGGGGACACCUCAUCUUGGUGGUGGCUCUUGAAGAAACCUUCUACAUGGUGGGACCACACAAGUUCUCCUCCCUUUACCUGACACCAGAAGUGGUUAGAGAUGUUCUGAAAGGGGCUGGCUUUGAUAUUGUGUCCUCUGAGGUCCACCUGCAUGAUAUUCACUUGUCUAUCUCAGAUUCCAAAAGCACAUUGUUCCUAGUGGCCCAGAAGCCCCAUGAGACCCAGUGAGUUAGUGAAAAAGGAAAGCCGUUAACCAAAUGUAAGCCAUAAACGUAGCUCAUUCUUCAGGUCUGUGCCAGAAGCAAAUAUCAGGUGAUGAAGAAAACAAAAUGAAUACUUUUGAGAACCUUAGACAGAUGGUUAUGAAUAGGAUGGGAAAAUAAUUAAAUACUCAAACAUACUGAGGUAUAAAUAUAUUCAAUAGUAUCCCUGUAUCUUGAGAAGUCAAGGGUAGAGAUUCUUGGAAGGGAAUGGGAAGGUGAUGGGAUGGGAUAGGGGAAAAAUACUUGUAUUUUGAUUGUUGAAUUUCGAAGAUUGAAUGUUGCUAUGUAUGUAUAUAUAAUUUUAAAACUUUCCAAAAAAGAAGCAAAUAUCAGGUAUUACCAUGUCCGUGAAUUGGUGAAUCAAGUCAAGGUUUUAAUCUGCAUUUUAAUGAGGCCUCCCUGGUGCUGAAGCUCAUUCCUAAGUAACUCCAGAACCUUGGAGAGCUCCAUUAAAACUAUCCAAAACCUGAAAGGGAUUCACUGACUACCGAUAUGGGAGUCAAUAGUAACAAUUGUUUUUUGGAGGCAACAAUUUUUAGAAAACACCAAUGGCGACGUUGUCUUGUGGGUUCUGGGAAUUGUAACACUUAGAAAAGUAACCAUUUUCCAAAACCAUAUCAAUGGGUACAGGAAAACAGAUUUCAGGUCAUGGAAUAUAUGUUUGUGUGUGU